AUGUCCAUUGACGGUCGAGCCUGGGAAGACUUUGUGCAGCAGCCCGUUGGCUUGAUCCGGAGCCUGGGAGCUGUAAAACCUAUUGCCAUGAUCAAUGAGACAUUGCAAAUGGCCGCGGAUAUUUGUUCAGGGCCAGGAGAUGGUACGAUUAACGGAAAGAACAAGCACCAGAUAUAUUCCCAGAUCUCUAGCCACGGCAGAGUUAAUGCUGGCAAAGAGGGUGCUAGAGCUGACGAGAGCCGGCCAAGCGGUAUGCAUGCAGGUCUAGGCCACGGGCUUGAUGUACACGAUUUUCUUAGUGCACCGUAG